AUGCAGUCAAACGCUUAUGCCGACAUCCCUCCCAUCACGCUCGGUAAUCGUGCAUCAUUUGAAGAUUACGAGCUUUACCCUUCCUCUGACCCUUGCCCCGAUCCAGCCUUCUUUCCGAACGCAGCUCAAUUCCAGCUGCAAUUGUCCCAGUUCCAGGACAUUCCUAAGACUCAUUACUUCCCCACGUUUACGUCCUGGACCGACGGACCUUUUUCCCCGCACAUUUCCGGUCCUCUGUCGUUGACGGAGACAGGUCUUCAUCCUGUUCUCCUGGGACAGAAUCGCUUCGCGUCACCUUGGAGCAGCGACUACUCCUCAAUUUCUGGCGCAGAGAGCCCUGGCAGCAGCUGUGAUGGGAGCUUUGCGCAGAGCAACAUGAUGGAAUCCUACCCAUCCCCACCCUACGCCUAUGACGAUCUGAGAAGUUCCUCAGCCAAGGCAGGAGGAUAUUCCUCGCCAGUGAUGUCCGUCACUAGCUCGGUCGCAUUGCCUCAGAUACAAACCUAUCCUGACCCUGAGCCGAUGGUGGAACCAUCCCUUCCAUUAACUGCGCCAGCUCAGUCGUUUGUUUACGAGGGAAACAACUUCUCUGAGGGAGCAAAAGCCGCGGCAGCUCAAGCUCAUCCUUGUGGCUUGGAUAGUAUGUCGAGUCGCAAAACCCCUCCGCCAUCCCUUCGACGACGAAAGUCUCACUGCACCCCUCAAAAACAGUCAUCACCCAACCGCGUCACCAAGAGGAAGACUCGGGUCAAGUCACGCACUAAAGCGGCGUCAGCCUCGAAACAACCCCCUGCCAAGUCAGCGACCAAGGGCCCGUCACCACCAAGCCGCGUUUUCGUCUGCAGCUUCUCACGCUACGGCUGCACAAGCACAUUUGUCUCCAAGAACGAAUGGAAGCGACACAUUGCCUCACAGCACGUCCAACUCGGCUUCUUCCACUGCGACGUCAGCAACUGCAACGGCAAUCACAAACCCAACAACAAAAACACCUCAACUUCCACCCGCAACCACCACGACCGACCCGUCCGCCAAACGAACGACUUCAACCGCAAGGACCUCUUCACCCAACACCAGCGCCGCAUGCACGCACCCUGGGUUCUAGCGGGCCGGGCCGAGGCCGCCACCGAGCAGGAACGGCAAGCCUUCGAGGCCAGUCUCGAGGAUGUCCGCGCCCGCUGCUGGCACGAGCAACGCAAGCCGCCACAACAAAGUUCCUGUGGAUUCUGUGGGCACAAUUUUUCCGGCCCGCACAGCUGGAAUGACCGUAUGGACCAUGUUGGACGGCAUUUCGAGAAGGAUGAGACUCCUCUCGAGGAGGCCGAGGAUAUCGCCCUACGGAACUGGGCUAUCAGUGAACGCAUCAUCCAGCGUGAUAGUAAGGGGAAGUGGGUGCUUACUGCUCUAUGCUGA